UCCGCCUCCCCCAAGCCGUUCCGCACCGCGGCCGCUCAGCCUCUGCCAUGGCCGGCUCUGGCGCGUGGAAGCGCCUCAAAUCUCUGCUGAGGAAGGAUGAUGCGCCGCUGUUUUUGAAUGACACCAGCGCCUUUGACUUCUCGGAUGAGGUGGGGGACGAGGGGCUUUCUCGAUUCAACAAACUUCGAGUUGUGGUGGCCGAUGACGGUUCCGAAGCCCCGGAAAGGCCUCUUAACGGGGCGCACCCGACCCUCCAGGCCGACGAUGAUUCCUUACUGGACCAAGACUUACCUUUGACCAACAGUCAGCUGAGUUUGAAGGUGGACUCCUGUGACAACUGCAGCAAACAGAGAGAGAUACUGAAGCAGAGAAAGGUGAAGACCAGGUUGACCAUUGCUGCCGUUCUUUACUUGCUUUUCAUGAUUGGAGAACUUGUAGGUGGAUACAUUGCAAAUAGCCUAGCAAUCAUGACAGAUGCACUUCAUAUGUUAACUGACCUGAGCGCCAUCAUACUCACCCUGCUUGCUUUGUGGCUAUCAUCAAAAUCACCAACCAAAAGAUUCACCUUUGGAUUUCAUCGCUUAGAGGUUUUGUCAGCUAUGAUUAGUGUGCUGUUGGUGUAUAUACUUAUGGGAUUCCUCUUAUAUGAAGCUGUGCAAAGAACUAUCCAUAUGAACUAUGAAAUAAAUGGAGAUAUAAUGCUCAUCACCGCAGCUGUUGGAGUUGCAGUUAAUGUAAUAAUGGGGUUUCUGUUGAACCAGUCUGGUCACCAUCACUCCCAUUCCCACUCCCUGCCUUCAAAUUCCCCUACCACAGGUUCUGGGUGUGAACGCAACCAUGGGCAGGAUAGCCUGGCAGUGAGAGCUGCAUUUGUACAUGCUUUGGGAGAUUUGGUACAGAGUGUUGGUGUGCUAAUAGCUGCAUACAUCAUACGAUUCAAGCCAGAAUACAAGAUUGCUGAUCCCAUCUGUACAUACGUAUUUUCAUUACUUGUGGCUUUUACAACAUUUCGAAUCAUAUGGGAUACAGUAGUUAUAAUACUAGAAGGUGUGCCAAGCCAUUUGAAUGUAGACUAUGUCAAAGAAGCCUUGAUGAAAAUAGAAGAUGUAUAUUCAGUCGAAGAUUUAAAUAUCUGGUCUCUCACUUCAGGAAAAUCUACUGCCAUAGUUCACAUACAGCUAAUUCCUGGAAGUUCAUCUAAAUGGGAGGAAGUACAGUCCAAAGCAAACCAUUUAUUAUUGAACACAUUUGGCAUGUAUAGAUGUACUAUUCAGCUUCAGAGUUACAGGCAAGAAGUGGACAGAACUUGUGCAAAUUGUCAGAGUUCUAGUCCCUAAUUUUAUACAUUUUGGGGACUCCUGCCUUAUUUAUCCUGCAGUCACAGACUUGAGAGCAAUAAAUGCAAACCUAAAUGAGAAAAUGGAAUCCCUGACAGCUGUGUCCAUAUCAAGCAUCAGUCUCUCAAACAGUCACCCCAGCCUGACAGUGCUACUCUCUGUUUAAUGGUAAAAGGAGACUUUGCCAUAAUUUUCAGAUGAAGAUGUUUCCCAAACACUGUUUACAGAAUGAGACGUGACUCUACAGAUACCUCAUAGAAGACAAUCCAAGAUCAUACUUCAUUAAUUUGACAGAGUACAUAUCUUAAAGGAAGCAUCAAGAAUUCAAUAUUUGCAUUUAAAAAUACUUUUUAAGUCCAUUUUAUAUUAAGCCAGUGCUGGAAAACUGAAUUUUUUUAUUAUGUACAAUAAUCUCGACACCCAGCUUCUGGAAUUGCUGCUUUCUUUUUACAGAAAUCACUACCCAACAUAUUUCAGAAAGUACUAGUAGUUAUCCCAAAAGUGGAAUAAGCAUGUAUUCUAAGUGUUUCAGAAAUGUUUUAUUUCACAAAUAAGUUUUAAUGUUAUUGUUAUGGUUAUACUUUAUAAACAACCUUUUCCAGAUGCUACAGGGUUUUGAACCUCAAAGUUAACAUUUUUGAUUAUUUGUAAUCUUAGAACCAAAUCUUCACUUAUUGUGGUCGCUGUUAUUAAAUGAUUUAGGAAAUACUUUCAAUAUUAUUCUGAAUGGCUGAAGUUAGUCUUAAACUUAAAUUACUAUAUAAUGAUUUAAAACAAAAUAAAGGAGCAAGGAUGGCUGUUGGAGUUUCAGGUUUAUGUCUUCCCGACAUCACUUUUAUCAUUCAUGGAAUUGUCUUAAAAAGGCAAGAGACUGCAAAAUGUAAACAGUAAUCUUCUGUCCCUUUAAGAACUGCCAACAAUUUGUACAAAAAGUGUGGUACGUUGGUUCCUGCCUCCACACCAGGUCAUCUGUGUGUGCCUUUCAGGGUAAACGCUAGAGGGUUCAGUUUAUAAUUCCCACCUUUCACAUACAGUUUCACAACAUUACUCCAGAGAGAAUUUUAUGUUUUAUGAUGUGGGUUAUGUUUUAUUAUAUAUUUAAUGUUUUAUGAUAUGGGUUAGGAUUCUCCGUGGACUCCAGAAACCCUAAAAUACAAUUUUGAGGUCUUCCAAUAAUACCAUAGCAGAAAUGUCCAAGGGGUUGGGGGGAAGACAUUACUUUGAGAAAACAGAAAUGUAAAGGAUUUUUGACCUUAUGUAUGUGUGUGUUUUUGUUUUUGUUUUUGAGACAGAGUCUCACUCUGUCACCCAGGCUGGAGUGCAGUGGUGUGACCUCUGCUCACUGCAACCUCUGCCUCCUGGGUUCCAGUGGUUCUUCUGCCUCAGCCUCCCAACUAGCUGGGACUACAGGUACACCACACCCAGCUAAUUUUUUUGUAUUUUUAGUAGAGACGGGGUUUCGCCAUGUUGGCCUGUCUGGUCUCAAACUCCUGACCUCAGGUCCUCAGGUGAUCCGCCUGCCUCGGCCUUCCAGAGUGCUGGGAUUACAGCAUGAGUCACCAUGCCUGGCCUGUAUGUGUGUGUUUUGAAGCACUAGAUAGGGAUGGACAUUAAAUCUGUGUUGCAGGGAAACUAAACAUAGAGGUUUCCAAACUGAAGGCAACCUGAUUGUAAAUGCCUCUGUUAAAGAAGGAGCUUAACUGUUCAUCUUUCAUUUUGCAACCAUUGGUUUUAAGAUUAUCUUUUAUGUACAUUUGGAGUCCCUUUUCAACAGUGACAGUUUCUUACACCAAAAAUGGAUAUGGUUCUUGGGCUCCUUUAAGAAUCAGAGUAGGGUAACAAUGUACCAGGCAAAUUGUGAGUUGAAAUUCUAGAUAAGGAUGCAGAUGACUUAUAAUAUAAAUGAAGAAUAGGAAACAUUUUAUCUUCUUACCAAGUACCUUACUAUAAGCAAACCUAAGAUAAGAAAACCCAGAUUUACCUAUAAGAUUGUUGGGAGUUAACGGUGUCAAUAAAAGGAUUGAUGGUCCCUCUAAUGAAACCCAGUAGAUGUUUGUUGAACUGAACUGAAAAUUUAUGUGGCCAGACACAAUGGCUCAUGCCUGUAAUCUCAGCAUUUGGGGAGGCAAAGGUGGGAGUAUCACUUGAGGCCAAGAGUUCACAACCAACAUGGUCUUUUGUGGAGACCCUGUCUCUAUAAAAAUAUAAAAAUUAGCCAGGCGUCAUGCAUACCUAUAGUAUCAACUACUUGUAAAGCUGUGGCAGAAGUGCUUGAGCCCGGAAGGUUGAGGCUGCAGUGAGCCAUGUCCACAUCAUUGCAUUCCAGCCUGAGUAACAAAAUGAGACCCUAUCUCAAAAAAAAAAGGAAAAGAAAAUGUACAUGAUGGGAUUCCUAUUGGAAAGUCAUUUAAAAUAAUGACUUGAAUUUCUCAGAAAUUUCAGGAGCAUAUAAACUAUUUAAAUCAAAAUAUUCUUACAUAUAGAAACCAAGUAAGAAUAAAUGAGAGAUAUUUCAGUGGACAUCUGGACAUAUUUAUGAACUUUUGAGUAUCUAGCAAGUAGAAAGGAAAAAAUAUUCAUCAUACUCUAAUCUUUUUUUAUAUCUAUUGAGCUUCUUAUAAACUUUUCUUUAUCUUAUAAAGGCAUAUCUCGCUUUUUAUAUCGACCUGUUCCUUAAAAA